AUGUCCCAAUUGGCCAGAAUAUGCUCUGGUCAACGGCUUACAACCCUUCUGCAAAGGCGUACGCUGAGUACGGCACCAGAAUUAUCGAAGCUCGAGGGUGAGCUGGUACGGCGCCGACUGCCUCUGAUAUACGACUAUCUUUCGCCCCAGCCAUCACAUCUAUUGAACCUCUCGCUCAAUAGCCUUCUCACACCGUCUCAAGCUUCAUCUGCUGCUACAGAGUUCCAAUGGCGUCUUCCGUCCAUCUCCGGGCCGACCUCCAUGCCUCGCGGACACCAUCUAGUAUAUUUUCCACCGCAAGUUCCUUCAUCUGAACUCCUUCCGGAUGGCUGCGAUGAACUGCAUUCCCCCGGACAGCCGUAUAAUCGCCGAAUGUGGGCUGGAGGAUCAGUUCGUUUCUUCGAUGAUGGCGGUCCGCUACUUAACGGGCAACGAGCAGUCUGUGUCGAAGGAAUACGUGAAGUGAAUGUUAAAGGCAAGGAAGGCGAAGAGAAGAUAUUUGUGGGAAUUGAAAGGCGGGUAGCUACAGUGGACGAGCACGAAAGCGAUGAUGCGAUCAGAAACAGAGUGUGGACUCAGUCAGAGGAGGAACGGGGGGAUAGCAUUGUGAUUGAAAGACGCAACCUUGUCUUUAUGAAGGAUCGGACACCAGAGGAGAUAGAAGCUAUGAAAGCUGCUGAUCUUCCUCGAAAAGUAAUCAAAGUUCAUACUACGCCGGAAUUCACUCAAACCAUCACACCUUCGAAAGCCCUUUUAUUCAGAUAUUCUGCUCUCACUUUUAAUGCCCAUUCCAUACACUUAGAUCGAGACUAUGCGCGCAACGUUGAAGGAUACAGUGACCUCCUUGUCCAUGGGCCGUUGACCCUCACGAUCAUGCUUACCGCAUUUCAGAAACAUGUGUCCGCAUUAGGACAGGCGGUAUCAAGUGUUGAAUACCGAAAUUUGGCGCCACUUCUGGUUGAGCGUGAGAUGAAGGUUUGCGCAGCACAAAAGCCCAACGGGUCAAACGGUAGCUGGGAUAUAUGGGUCGAGGGUAAAGAUGGAGGGUUGGCAGCUAAGGGGACCAUUAGAACAGUGCCAACCGCGUCCAAUAGCCUCGCAUCCUGA